AUGGAUGAAUGGAAAGCUUGGAAGAAACUUAAAGGCGAAGAUACUGGUCUAGGGUGGAAUCUUAUAAAAAGAACUGUUGAUGCAUCGGAUGAUUGGUGGGAGAGUAGGCUCCAGGUUGUGCCUGAAGCUAAAAAAUUUAUAACAUCGGGCAUUGAUCCUGAAUUCGAAGCGAAGUUGGACCAAAUGUUCACGGGGAUAGUUGCAACAGGUGAUAAAGCAUGGGCACCUUCUUCUGGUACACUCCGUAGUGAUUUUUUUGAGGAUGUUAACAACGAAAUACCUGAAGAGAAUGAAGAAAAAAAUAUGAGAAAUGAUGUUCACAUUUUAAAUGAUGUUCACAUUUCAAAUGAUUUUCACAUCUCAAAUGAUGUUCAAAUUGAUGGAAACGGUCAAAAAAGAAAAAACCCUGAGAUAUCAAGUUCACAUUUUAAAACUGGAAGAAAGAAAUCCUCAAAGCAAAUUGGAGGGGCUGCAAGAUUAUCUAGUCAAAUAGAAAAAUUAUGCAGUGCAGCUGACAAUAUGAGUCAAGCCACAUCUAGUUUGACUCCUGUUAUGGAUCCAUAUGGUAUUCCACAAGCAGUCAAAAUGCUUGACAGCAUGUCGGAAGAAGUUCCAGAAGCUAGUCCGCUAUACUUUUUCGCACUUAAAUUACUGCUCAAUAAGGACAAACGAAUUAUGUUUUUAUCAAUUAAUCCCGAGAUUAGAGCUUUGUGGCUUAAGACAGAAAUGGAGGAUAGUUGAAAAUUUUCUGA